UGAUAUCAGCCCAUUUAUCCGUGGUAACAAUUAUUAAAAAUGCCGGUUCAACUAAAAUUUUUAAAUUCUACUAAGUUAUGGAAUUUUUUUAUAGAACCUUCGAAACAUAUAAAGUUUUGUUCAUCUUAUAUUCAUAAUAAAAAUCUAUCAGAUAUGGAUGAAGAUUCUACUAUAAAAGUUUAUGAACACCAACAUAUUACUCUUAUAGGAUUAAACAGACCAGAUAAUAAAAAUAAAUUAAAUUUAUCAUUAAUAAAUGGUUUAUAUAAAGCUAUUAAAGACUUCGAAAGUAAUAAUUCAUCUACCAUUGCUAUUUUAUAUGGUGAAGGAGGUUCUUUUUGUGCUGGAUUUGAAACCGAUAAACUAAAAGAAACCUUUGAAAUGUAUAACGAAUUUAUGUUAAUUAAUUGCCAAAAACCAAUUAUUGCUGCUGUUUCUGGGUUUGCUUACAACGCUGGAUUUCAUUUAAGUUUAUGGUGUGACUUGCGUAUUAUAGAAGAAAAUGCUGUUUUGUCUGUAGAUAGAAAAUGUGAUACAUCUUUAUCAAAAAAUUUUUAUAACAAACUUUUAAUGUCUGUUGGAUAUUCUAGAGCUUUAGAUUUAAUUUUGACUGGAAGAGAUUUAUACUCUAAAGAAGCUUUUGAAUGUGGAAUUGCCAAUCGUGUUGUUGCAUGUGGAUCAGGAGUUGGCCAAGCAGUAAAUAUGGCAGCCAACAUAGGUAAAUUUCAUCAAAAAAAUAUAAUUGAGGAAAAACAGAUUUUGAACAGAUUUUUAAAAAGUCAAUAGUAUUUAAAUAAACUAAAAAUUUAAUUAAUUCACUUUUUAUUGUUGCUGAGUUUUUAUAAAAUUAUAUUGAGCUUUACAAUUAAAAUUUUUUUAUUAGCUUUAGUAAAAUAUUUUUAUUUUUAUAUAUUCAUUAUAUAUUGUUUAUGUCGGCUAUUAAACAUUUGA